UUGGAGAUCCUUAAUAAAUGAAUAAAACUAAACAUUUUUCAACUAAUCAACUAAAGCGUUAAUAUCUGUGUUUAUAGAUAAUUAUGAUGCAAAAACAUAGAAAAAAUAUUUAUCAUUAACCUUUGACUUCCCGAGAUAAUAUGAAAUAUUCGGUCUCAAGCAAAUUAUCAGUUAAAAUAGUUUUCGUAAGAAAUAUGAGUCAAAAGUGGGAGCCCUUAAAAAAAGUGGGCAUCAUUGGAGUACCGUUUGAAAAGGGUCAGAAGAAGUAUGGAGUCAGUAUUGCACCGGCUGCUAUUAGAUCAGCAGGACUCAUUGAAAAACUCAAGGAAAUUGAUGGAAUGGAUGUUAAAGAUUACGGUGAUAUUGAGAUCCCGGCAUGCAAUGAACCAAUAAAUGUGGAUAAUAUGGCGCAUCUCCCUUUGGUAUCAGCGUGUAAUAAGAAUCUUUCCAGUAAAGUAUCACAAGUUCUCAACGAUGGGAGAGUAGCUGUCACUAUUGGCGGCGACCAUUCAAUUGGCGUUGGAACCGUUGAUGGUCACUACAGAGUGAACGAAGAUAUGAUCCUCAUAUGGGUCGACGCACACGCAGACAUCAACACCAACAAAACAUCAGAAUCCGGCUCAGUUCAUGGCAUGCCUGUUGCGUUGCUCGUCAAGGAGCUAUCGGACUACUGGCCUUACUUACCGACGAUGGACUGGCAAGUUCCUAAAUUUUCUAUAAAGAAUCUAGGAUACGUCGGCUUGCGAUCCGUAGACGAAUACGAGAGGCUGGCAAUAGAAAAAUACGACGUGCCCGCAUUUGCAAUGGAAGAUAUCGAGGAGCACGGCAUCCAAAAAUCCAUAAAUCAUAUUCUUCACCGGAUUGAUCCUGAAGGAAAGAAACCAAUCCACGUCAGCUUCGACAUUGAUUCCUUGGAUGCGUUAGAAGCACCCAGCACUGGCACUCCGGUCCGCGGCGGCCUUACACUCCGAGAAGCUAUCCAGCUGAUGGAAAUUAUUCACGGGACGGGUCGACUUCGUGCCAUUGAUCUCGUGGAAAUUAAUCCUGCACUCGGCAAUGAUGCGGACAGAAAGAGGACUAUUGAUGCAGGCUUAUGUGUACUACGAGCGGCCUUGGGUUUCUCCAGGCGUGGUACCACACCGAGAGGCAUUUUGGAUCUACCGGUACAGACGCCACAAUCUAUGUAAUUCCGCUAGAUAUCUUGAUAUCAAGCAAUAUUGCAAGAGCGAGCUUACUCGAGGCAUUAUUUUCUAUUGAUGAUUUAAAUAACUGUCAUUAAGCGUCCUUGAAUUCUAAAAAACACUUUAAAUAUCUUAUUUUAACUGUGAAGAAUAAAGUUUAUUUAUUUGCUUAUGAA